GUCGAUAACCACCGGCUCGCGCGGUUGCGCCGCAAAAAACUGCGCCACCUCGGCGUCAAUUCCAGCGGGCGCUUCUGCGCGCAUAUAGAUAACCCAGUCAAUCCCCGGGAGCAGAGCGCGAGACGACGCAAAUAACUCAACCAUUUGCCCGCUCUCGCUGCGGCUCGCGAUGGAGUACACAUCCUUGACGUCCUCGAUGCGCCGGUCCGCGAUGGGCACUCCUUUCGGGACUGACAUGGCGGUGUAGGGAGUGCACGACAUCCCGCCAGGCCUGCUUUUGAAUGGAUCACCUACGCGAACGAGCGAUGCCAAGCAGUGGGGUUCCCGAUGCAGCACGUCUGCUGACCUCCUUCUGCACCCACGCCCUGCCAUGGCCGAGGCUGUCCGGGUGAUAUUCCGUCGUGAAAUACCGCUUAUAGCGCUCUUUGGGGACCAAGGCAGCCAUUGAGUCGACCCCACACCCCUGUUACCCCGCAUUUUGGCCGGACCGGCCGGCUCGGCUGAUCAAUCAUAUCACGGCCUUUCACGUUAUCUGGCACAAUGCGCUUUAUAUCUCGCGUUGAUUUAUUUCCUCGAGCGCCACGCCACCCCGGUACCGGCAUCCGCCAUGCAAGCUGAGAAAGCAUCGGUUUUAAAGCACAUCAGAACUUGAUCAACUGUCUGGUCAAUAUCAAGGACGAAACUGGCGAAUUCCUCCUCACACUUGAGACGGACGGGUGAUCGAUACCAAAGGCUGGAAUGACUGGGAGCUUAGUGGACACACGGUGUCGGUGCGAGGUUCAGUUAUCCUAUCGACUCGGAGGGGAUGCCGAAGUUGCUGGUGACACAGGGCUCUACGGAUUGCUCAGGCUGCAUGAAAUCACGGGCGACGAAGACGCGCUGCGAAUCGCACUGAGCUGGUUCAGGGACCGAUUCGCAGUCGGCACGACCAAGGCGAGCCACGUCCUCGCCUCGUGUGCGCGGACGGACACCCACCCCCUGAACAUCAACACGAUGUCGCCCUUAUUAACGGCGGCCUACUUGCACGAAGCGAAAAAGGCCAACUACCUGGUCCAUCUCGACUCGUGGGCAGAGUGGGUGAUGUACGAUUUGCCUAGAACAGACGAGGGUGGCUUCCAGCACAUCACGUACAGCAUGGACAACUACCAGCAGCUGUGGGAUGACAGCCUCAUGAUGUGCGUUCUCCCUCUGGCGAAAAUCGGGCUCGUUUUGGAUCGCCCGCACUAUGUCGAGGAGGCCAAGCGGCAGUUCAUGCUCCAUAUCUGCAAGACCUCAAGACGGGACUGUGGUUCCACGGCAAGGUGGACGUUUGACGGGCACCAUCAUUUCGCCAACGCGCUCUGGGGGCGUGGCAACUGCUGGGCGACUGCUGCGAUCCCCGAUUUCAUGGAGAUGCUGCGCCUCGCCCCGGGGGACGGCCUGAGGAUGUUCCUGACCUCGAGUCUGGUGCGCCAGAUAGACGGGCUCGUGGGAUGCCAGGACGAGGAAACCGGGCUGUGGCACACCCUCCUCGACGAUCCGACGUCCUACCUCGAGGCCUCGGCGACAGCUGGAUUCGCGUAUGGGAUCAUGAAAUCUCUGCGGCUGCGCUUUAUUCCCAGAGAAGAUCGAUAUGUCCGCGCAGCCCAGAAGGCGAUUCAGGGUGUGCUCAAGCACAUCACAGCCGAGGGAGAGCUCCAGAACGUCUCGUUCGGGACUCCGGUAUUCAGCAACAUCGAGGAUUACAAGAGAAUCAAGCUGACGAGCAUGCCCUAUGGCCAGAGCCUUGCCUUGCUGGCGCUCACAGAAUAUCUGCGGACCUUUGUAUAGAUUAGAUUGUGUGUGUGUCUGUGUGUGUAUUCUAUUGUCCAGAAGAGUUGGGUAGUGAACCGUGCUGCCAUAGGGCAGGAACGCUGUGUCGGAAGGUUCGGCCGUUACUGCCCGUCUGUCGGCCGACGGUGGCUGAACGCGGCUCUCCGAACUGGCUGAGCGCUCGGCGCCUAGUUGCACCGGGAGUUCCCAGCAACUGGUGCUCCGGAUCCCAUCGUUCUGGGAUCUCCCGCGGAGGAGUGUGGACCAGAAGCAGCGG